AUGAAGGUGCCGGUUCUGAUAUACGAGGCGGUCUUACGGUUACAACCUCCACGAGCACCGGUGAGCCCCUCCUUCAAAUUCCAGUUACUGCGAUGGGCUAGCAACCAUGUAGUCCGUGGCAUUGUCAAUGGCAGUACGCCCAACGUCCACGCCUGGCUGGGAAUUCCAUAUGCCAAACCUCCAGUCGGGCACCUCCAGCACCGUUGCCUACAUCCCACAAAUCUAUCGCCGCGGGCCAUAUGCCAAAUGCCUUACUUGAUCAGUACCCCUGUCAGUGAGGAUUGUUUGACUGUUAGUAUCUGGGCGCCUUCCAGAAUAUGCGAAGCACUUCCUGUUGUUAUAUUUCUCCACGAGGGUGGCCUUGGUAGUGGUGGCACUUCGGUGCAGUAUCAGAUACCAGCCAAUUGGGUUGAACGGUCCCAGUCACACAUUGUCGUAUCUAUUCAGUACCGCCUGGGUGUGUUUGGGUUCCUUAGUUCACAUGCAUUGCGAGAGACAUCUCAAAAUCUUGGUCUUUUGGAUCAGCGUCUUGCCAUCGAGUGGGUUAGGGAUAACAUCGCUGUGUUUGGUGGCAAUCCUGAACAGACCACGCUGUGGGGGCAGUCAGCUGGAGCUGCGUCAAUCGACUGA